GCGAUGACACCAGCCAGAGCAGGACUCUGGCCUCUGCUGCUCCUGCUGCUGGGGCUGUGGAUAGCCAAGGUGCUGGUCAAUGCCAGGCCAAGGGGCACUACGCCAGCUCAGUGGUUUGAAACUCAGCAUGUGCAGCCGCGCCCUCAAAAAUGCAACAAGGCAAUGGGCAGUAUUAACAAACACAACAAGCACUGCAAAGAUCUCAACACAUUCCUGCACAGCUCCUUCUCCAAAGUGGCCACCACUUGCAAGACGCCUACCAUAGCCUGCAAGAAUGGCCAAAAGAACUGCCACCAGAGCCAAAGUCCCGUGUCCCUGACCGAGUGUAAGCACGUCUCAGGAAAGUACCCUAACUGCAGGUACAAAGAGCAACGGAUGAGUGCCUCCUACAUUGUGGCCUGUGAUCCUCCCCAGAAAAGGGACUCUGGAAAAUUCCAAUUGGUUCCUGUGCACUUGGACAAAGUCCUUUAA